UAUGAGAUAACAAUCACCUAAUUUAAAAUAAUCAAGGGCAAGUUCAGCUUAACAAAAUAAUUCUGUUGCUGUUAGUCAGAUUGAAAAAUCAAAAAUUGAGAAAUAGUAAUAGGCUGUUACUAAACAUGAUAAAAUGAAAAGCUAUGCAAAAGAAUAAUAGAAUGUUUCAAAAAAACAUGAAACUGUAUAAUAUGAAAUUGACCUAUUAGAUAGAACCUACUAAAUUAAUUGAAUAGAAUAUGAAAUUAAAAGAGUAAUUACAAGAAUUAAUAGUACAUCUUGAUAAUAUUGUUAAAAAUUAAAAAGAAAAGUAAAAAGUUGAAAAAGAAAAGAAAUUUGCUAAGCCUUUAGAACCUGCAGAUAAGAAAUCAAUUUUGAAUUAACAAGAAAAAUAAAUUAAUGAUAAUAUUGCACAAAUCAAAUUAUUAUCAAAGUAAUUAGAAUAAACUUAUGAUAUUAAUAAGUAAUUAUAAUUGUUAAUAGUUAGAAUUAAAGAAAAGGAAGAUAAGAAAAGAUAUUUAGAAAAUGAAUAUUAAAAGUUAUACAAAGAGUAUGAAUCACAGUAGAAGAUUGAUUAAAAAUAAAAUGAAGGAUUAAAAUAAAUGGACUUGAAAGAAUAAUAAUAAAUUAUUGCUUAACUUAAAAAAGAAUUAUAGGAAGAAUAAAAAACAUCUAGAAAUUUAAUUGAAGAAAUCAAUAAGUAUGAAAAAGAUGUUCAAAAAUUUCAUAAUGAAAGAGUAACUAAAUUAAAACAAAUAUCAGAUCUCUAAUAAAAAAUUGCAUAGAAAAAAAGAAAUAAAUAAGCUGAAGAAGAAGUAGAUGAUAAUAAAUUAAAAUAACUUGAAGAUGAAAUAAUUGAACUAUAAAAAAAAAAAGAUGAAUAAAUGAAAAAUUAUAGUGAAAAAUAUAAAAAAUUAGAAUAUGAUAGAAAUUAAAUGAAAAAUGAAGUUGAAAAAAAGAGAAUGUUAAUGAUUAAAUUAGAAAGAGAUACUAAAAUCAAUAGAGUUUUUAUACAUGAAGCAAAUAGAUAUUUGAGAUUGGAAGAUAAAAAUUCAUAAAGAUCAAGUAAACCUGUUUUCUCAGCACCUAGAAAACCUACAACACCUAGAAAAGAGACUCCAUCUCCUAAAUCAGAUAAAGGAUCAAUAAGAAAAAAUCCUUCUUAAAAUAAAGUCGAAACUAUCAAAGAAGAAUAAUUUGAAGAAACAGUACCAAAUUUAGAAAUUUAACAAUAAAACUUAAGAUAACCAAGAUCAAAAGAAUAAACUGAUAAAAAUACACAUUAACAUAAAGAUAUUAAAAAUUAAGAGAUAUCAGAAUCUAUUGAAAAUAAGGAAGAGUAAUAAGAAAAUAUAUAAAUUGAAAAACCUAUUGAAUAACAACAUUCACUUCAUACUAAUAAUGAAGAAGAAACUAAAAGUUUGAUUGAUUAGAAUGAUAAUAACACAUAACAAAAUCAAUAAAUUCAAUAGCCAAAGUAUAUAAAUAUAUUUAAUAUUAAGCAUUUAUAGAAAACCAAUGAUGAUGUUAAAAAAAAAGUGAUA